AGACUGAUUUAGUUACCAUAUCUAAGAGAUUCAGUUUAGCUAGGGUUCAGAAUCAGGAGUUAUGGGUACUCCAAAUGAUUUAGCAGUCCUGCACGCUAUAUUUAAUCCCAAUGUUCCUUUUGGAGAUUUUGAUGAACAGAAUAGGAACAACGCAGAAGUCGAACUGGAUUCUGUUUCAGAUUUCUCACCAGCUCUCCUUGAGCAAGUUCAAACUCUAGAGAAACAUGGAGUGGAGGCAGCGGAGUCUGGUGAGCUAGAGGCAGCACUACAGAGAUUUAACGAGGCCAUCGUACUCCUUCCAGAGUGGGCAUCUGCGUAUAACAAUCGAGCUCAGGUCUUGAGACUGCAGGGAGAUGUCAUUGGUGCAGUACGAGACUUGGAUCAGGCGUUGGAGCUCAGUGGAGGGAAGGGGUUAGUAGGGCGCCAGGCCCUGGUGCAGAGGGGUCUGAUCCUGCUCCUCCAAGGAAACCACGAAGCAGCAAGGAAAGAUCUUCAAAACGCAGCCCAGGAAGGAAGUGCAUAUGCCAAACAAUUGUUGAUUCAGCUGAACCCAUAUGCUGCACUCUGCAACAGCAUGCUGCGGGAUAUGAUGCAGAAACUGCAAGAACCAAACUCCAAGAGUUGCUAAAACAAGCAGCCAAGGGGCAGCUCGAGUGUUGAUAGUACUCACUGGUGGGACAAUGACCAAAAAAGAUAGAGACAGAAUCGGUAAAAUUUUGUAAGAAGAUUCCUUCUAAGAUGGGAAAAAUGUGAAAUAAACCAUUUUUUUAUGUGUGACAUUAUUGAUUGUACAGUAUUGUAUAGAGUCUGAUAUGUAUGUAAAUCUUAUGCUUUUUUAUAAAUGUAUUUACAGUAAAGUGAUCAAAGGAACCAAUGACAAUAUGUACACCUCUAUUUUCACCCUGAAUAGCACACCAGAGAAAUUCUAUACAACCUCCAAUCAGCAAUCUAUGGCACAGCACGCAAGGCUGCCAGACCCA